CUAGGUAUGUCUGUAUCCGUCUGUCUAUUUGGGAAGCUGGGGAAUAGGUGAAGGGAUUUUAGCUAUAACCCUUGCUAACCUGAUUAGUUGGGCAAUACACAUCCCGGGUACAAAUACCAGCUCCUCCCUAUUACUUUCUCUAUCCUCAAGCUUCAGACUUCACAAAUUCGUCAAAAUCAUCACUACCAGUUAUUAAACAGCAAUGAGCCCAAAACAUAUCGUCUUCAAGAAGAUAUCCAAGGACAAGUCGGUGGGUGUAUAUAUGGGGAAGAGAGACUUUGUUGACCAUGUUGACUCUGUGGAACCAGUGGAUGGUGUCCUUCUCAUUGACCCUGAACAGCUAAAGGGGAAAAAAGCAUAUGUCACUUUAUCCUGCGCAUUCCGAUAUGGAGGUGAUGACAUGGAUGUGCUGGGCAUCGCGUUCAGACGAGAGAUCUAUGUGUCCACCCGGCAGAUCUACCCCCCACUGCAGGACAAAGAGCAGGGCAUUCUCACCAAGGUGCAGGAAAAACUACUGCGUAAACUGGGUGUCAAUGCCUACCCAUUUUUCUUUGAACUCCCUGACAACUUACCUUGCUCUGUAGGACUACAGCCAGCCCCAAAAGAUGUUGGAAAGCACUGUGCUGUUGAGUUUGAGGUAAAAGCUUUCUCUGCUGAAAGCCAGGAUGCCAAAGUUCGCAAACGGAGCUCAGUACGUUUGAUGAUUCGCAAGGUCCAGUAUGCUCCAGAGAAUCUAGGACCAGCCCCCUGUGUGGAGACCACUCGUGACUUUCUCAUGUCUGACAAACCUUUGCAUAUGGAGGCAAGCUUACAGAAGCAGACUUACUAUCAUGGGGAACCCAUCAACGUAAGGGUCAAAAUUAGUAAUGACUCCAACAAAAAUGUGAGGAACAUCAUAAUUUCUGUGGAACAAAUUGCCAAUGUGGUGCUGUAUUGCAAUGACAGUUAUAUGAAGGCAGUGGCCAUAGAGGACUCUGGGGACUCUGUUGAUUCUUGUGCCAAACUGGAUAAAGUCUACACUUUGCUCCCCCUACUGGCCAAUAACAGAGAAAGGAGAGGCAUUGCACUGGAUGGAAAACUGAAGCAUGAAGACACCAAUUUAGCCUCUUCAAGCAUCAUCAAAGAAGGUGUUCUGAAGGAAGUUCUGGGGAUUUUGGUGUCUUACAGAAUUGUUGUGAAGCUUAUUGUUGGAGGGAUUAUGGGAUCCAGUGAGGUUGGGGUGGAGCUCCCUUUCCAGCUUAUGCACCCGAAGCCUGACAUAGUGAAAGAAAGUGAACUGGAGGAUGAAAUGGUUUUUGAAGAGUUUAAGCGUACCUACAUGAAGGGCAUGGCCGAAGAUGAGGAUGAGGGAAACGUAUCACCUGGGGAACACUGAGGAAUGCAUGUAGAAUUCAACUAGUUCUUGAAGCAUCUCUCUAUAUAGUAGGACAUAUUUAAGGCUGCUCAAAACAGACAUAUAUCAUAUAUAUAUCAGACAAUCAUAUAGAGCAUUGCCACAAUAGAGCACUGCUUUGGACAGUUAUUAGCAGAUUAAGUUGUAAUUUGUAUUGAAUUCUAUAGCUCUCUGGAGACCAGCCAGACCAUGCUGUGACCAUUCUUCAGCAGCCUGACCUCCAUGAGGGUCUCUGGAGUUGCAACUGAAAUAAUUAAAGAGCUUUAGUUUUCUAUUUUAUGGUAGUGGGAGCACUGCUCUUUUGAUACCUCUGUAUCGUUUUACUGUAUAUCUUUAGAAAAUUGGAAAUUUGUGCUGGAGUUUGGUGACUACACAAGAAUAGCCCAUAAAAACUACAUAGUUAUAAAAAGUUCUUGAUCUUAUUUGUUGUAUUCAUAA